CUUCCACUUUUCCUAGCAUUAUUGACUUUUCCAGAGAAUCUUGUCUUCUCAUGAUGUGAUCAAAGAGCAGCACCUGGUGGAUUGGAGAAAUGCUGUUUUGUCUCUCGAGCCCUCCUUUGCACAGUGUGUGGAGAAGGUACCCAGCAGAAUGACUCCUGAUUCAACAAGUCUCUUCUCCCACUGGCAGUGCCGUGAAACGAUCAUGGAGACCAAGCAUGUUCUUCUUCAUGGGAUCAUCUUAAUUCCACUGGAUUCUUAACGAGAGAGAUGGCAAUGCAGGUGGAAGUCAGCUCUGCCCUCCCUCCCUUGACCAAUCGGAGCGAACUCACAAAUGAACCAAAGCUCCAACACCCUUUUGCCAGCACUCUCUUAGAUGCAAGUAACAAGCCUAGUGAACGUCCCAGUUCUUUGUCUCCUCUGAUUCUGGAAGAGAGAAGCAAAUUUGGAAACCCCUUGAGACCAGCCACCACGCCUCCAGUUACUUCAAAACCCCGUCUGACUCCCAGACCCUUUUCCCGAGAGAAGUCUUCAGAUACUUUCGCAGUGGUGAGGCCUCCUGUCCCGGCACUUAAACCUAGUAAUGCUGCUUCCAACCCACCUACAUUUGCCAAAACCUCCAAAGAUGUGACAGUUGCUAAGGGGUUAACUGGGAACAUUCCGCCUCUGGUAGAUCAAAAAUUAAUUGAAAACAAAAGCACUGGUGAGCUGGUUGCUAACAUGCCCUUUGAUUCCAGUCCCCAGGCAAAUACGGUCAUCCUUUUUGAAACUGGAAAGCCAGAGAAGAGCAGGGCGAAGUUCACCCCAGAGAAGAGCCAUCUUGGUUCCCCGCAAAUAUGUAGCACUACACAAGCGCCAGAGGGGCAGCCGCCCCUUUCUGAGCCAGGGGUGUUCAUCCGCAGAACAGCUGGCAUCCACAGGCAGCUCUCUUUUUCCUCUGAAGCCAGGCCAGUCUCCUGGAGUCCUUGUGUAUCCCUGGAAAGGCAAGGUUACUUCCCAGGGGCUUCCGAGGAGAAGGGGAAAGUUCUUGAAAGGCAGCACAGUGCCGGCAUUCGCCUGGCUUGUGAGGUGCAGCCGAGGCCCAAACAGAGGCCAGGGUCUGCCAUCUUUCUGGAAUCAUUAAAGGAUCCAAUGCACGGCUGUUCAGAAGUUUCAGAUGAAAAAUCUACUCCUGAGAAGACUUGGGUUAGAAAACCUAGGCCACUAUCCAUGGAUCUUACUGCAAAGUUUGAAAGCAGAGAGCUUUCUUUACAAAGGAAAUCUUGUCCAGAUGAGAAUCUUAGCCCUGAUCCCACCAUUCAGGGUUCUGUCAGACCAUCUGAAACGAGGACAAAGAGCGAAGCCGUGGCUUUGGAGAGAGCCGAUGCUUCAAAGUCUGCUUUGAAAAGUCCUGGCCCAUGUGCCGGCUUCACCAGUGUUCUAAACCAAAAGCCCUUUCCAAGUGAAAUUGCGUCUUCGUGUCCGAGCACUCAGAAGGAUUGGGCUGAAGUCUCUGCCAGGGACAGAAAAUGCCUGUGGGAGUCGAGGCUAAAAAGACAAGAUGAACAAAAUGCAAGUGAUACAGAGAUUAGGACCGCUUCAGAGAAGGACACAGAACCAUCCAAGGUCAAAGGCCGGUCAGUUAAAGACAGGGCAGUAUUAAGUGCAACGGAACUGGCUGCAACUAGAACGAACUGUACAAAUGUUUCAGAUACUGAAAACCAGAGUUCGAGAGAGGCUGGAAAGCACCUUGAUGUGCUGAAUAGAUUAGCAACUGAUGCAGCUUCAGUGAAUGUUGACCCUCAGCUGGAGAGCCCUGGGAAAGAAAACCGAAUUGUGAACAUUCAACAGAGAAUCAAGGAACUCACGGCAGAAAAUGCAGAAAUGAAGCCAGGAAAUCAGCGCCGGUCAUUCCGAUCCCGGCCACUUUCUGCAGACUUGACCAAACUGUUUUCAAGCCCAAUGACAACCAGCGACCUAAAGCCCGAGAAACUGGCAGAGGUGAACAGGAAGCCAGCAAAUGAACCACACGAGAUUCAAGAGAUUAAGAUCAACCCACUGCAUGGGACAAAUUCUGAAGAAGCCCACGCUGGAGGAGUGUUGUGGAGGGCGCAUCAGCCCAUAAAAAUCCAACCCAUGCAGAGAGAUGUCAGCCUUGCCAGAGGGAAGCACAGUGUCACGCUCCAGGGUGGCAGCCCUACUUCUGUGGCAGAGCAUGGCACAGCAGCAGAAAAAGCGUGUAUUAAAACUGUCAGAGCCACAGUGUUUGAGCAUAAUGUGCAAAGGCACAAAGUAGCUGCCGAUCCCUUUGGAGCUGAGCCUCCAUCGCAGCUGACGCAUGAGCUUGUUGGGAAUUGUAGGGAAUCAUGGAUGGGGAAAGCAACAGAAACGAGGCUUCAUUUCUCCAAGGAAGUGCCCUGUAGGCAGCUGGAUAUGUUGGCAGGUGCUGAAAAACCCGGAAAAGCAAAUCCUUUCAACGGGGACAAAGUCCUGCAGGAUACUGCAUGGAAAAAAUACACUACCACAGAAAAGUGUGAAAACCCAACCCCAAAGCAUGUGGAAGAUUCCUUAGUGUUCCAGAGGGUGGAGCCAAGAUACGAAAUUCUCCAGACAGUUGGCAAAAGAGCCCAAAGUGAGGCCGUUGCUGUAGUUUGCGAGGACAAAGCAGUGACUUUACGAAGCAGAAGGUCCCUAAAAGAGAGGAGGAGACCCGGUGGGAGUAGUGUGGCUGUGCCCUGGUCACGCAGUCUUGACAUGGAGGGUGAGUGCUUGGAAGAAGGUGGUUUUGUGUCCAAAAUGAAGGAAGGGGGGGGAACGACGGUGAAGGCAGAGGCUUUGCAAACGGUUAAUGUCUCUCAUGACCAGCACGCUUUCCAUAAGCCAGUCACUGAGACGGACAAAAGUCAUACUGGAGAGAAGCAGGAAACUGGGAAAGCUUCAUGCUUUACAAAUGGAAACAAAGAUUUGGGCACCGCAGAUGGCAGAGUCUCGAUGGUAUCUUCAGAACUGGAGAAAGAAAAGGGCAAAGGUCAGAAGGAGGCUUCCAAAAUGCCGAAACAUUUCCUUGAGAAUUUUGGAGCAGGACCAGGCGGGAUGGAUGGUGGCGCAGCUGCAGCCGACGUCAGUCAGGUCACAGCUUCAGGCAAUACCAGCAAGCUAGAGAGCCCCCUUUCUGUAAGCGGGGGCAGCCAAUGGCAAGUGGUGGGCAGCAAGGUUCCCUGCCCUAGUGCGGACCUGAGAACCCACGAGGCAGAGGAACCCAAAGUAUUUGGAUUAAGGAAAUGCCUGACUGCACACUGUGCUCCAGACACGUUAGAUGCUGCAGGUCACGUCCCUGAAGGAGACCCAUUUAAACAGUCAGAGACAGAGGAAGAGCUGAAGAGAAGCAGACAUCGUGUUUCUGCUGCAAAGGUUUCAGAAAGAUGGCGACGGAAAACAUUGCCUCAUGACAUCAGGUUUGAUGAAGCUGGCACCUUGGCUGAAGAGGGUGUGAAAAUGCUGAUUAGGAGAGACUCCUUGCAGUUUCAUGAGGGUUCGAUUGCGAAGAGGAGCAGAAAACCCAGAUGUGUAGUGGAGCCAAAGGAGGGGACUGUGGCCACUCCCAGCAGCCCCGAGGACCAUUUAAGAGAUCAACAUUCUCCUUUGAAACCAAAGGCAACCUAUUUUGCUGUUACGUACCAGAUUCCUAGUGAAGCUGAAGGUGCCUCUGGAAAAGAGUUUGCUCCCAAAAGCAAGCAGAUUUCAUCGCAGGUGGAAAACACAUUGUUGACUUCGAAUGCUAGCACUGCCAGAAGACCCCAUCCGGUGUCAGAUCACCAGUCCUGUGCUGCCAAUUCAGACACACCAGCCUCUUUGGACAGGCAUCCUGGCAAGAACAGGGUGGCUGCAGAAGACGGUGACACGUCAGACCCUUUGAAGAAAGGGGCAUUUGAAUAUCCAGGAAGCGAGAGGAGAGAGGAGAACUGGAGGUCUCUCAAGAGCCAGACUGACGAUGCUCAAGAGAGACUGACAGGCGCAGAGGUUCCCCUUCGGUCAGCCAUGGCUUCCUCACCGUGUGAUCUGAAGCCCCCUUCCUGUCUGCGGCAUUUUCACCAAGAUGGUGAGCAUUCAGGCCAAAAGAAGUUUAGUGACUAUAGCUAUGGUGCACCCAAAGAGAAAACAACCGAUAAUUACAGGUCAAGAGUUCUUGACAUUGAUGCUUUGAUGGCGGAAUAUAAAGAAGAUUCUCUAAAGCCCUCAGUGAUUCCAGACAGGAGAGAGGGCGAAGACGGCGGCUGGUUUCCUUGGGAGAAGUAUAAAAGAAAUUCCUCAGAUAAAACAUCCUUCAGUUAUAACCGCAGAGAGCCACAGGCACCGAAUGAUUCCCUGGGAAGCCCUUGGCAGGAUAUCUCCAGUGUGGAAGUCCAUGGAUUUGAGGCUGUAGGUGUGGGCGAGAGAGGGAGGUUGCAGAGCUGCAGCCCAGAGCAGAAUUCCUUCAAGCACCGGGAUGGGAAGUUCAGCCCCCCGCCCUGGGGAAGGCCGUCCGCGGCGUGUUUUCCUGCAGAUGCAGCUGGCACGAAGAAAAAAACAUUUAUUCUGGACGAGGAUCCAGGAGCCAGCCUUGAGCUAUGGUGCCAAGGGGCAAAACGUGGAGGGUACGAGGGGCAGGUUCCUGAUCCUAUUGGUUUGGACUUGAAAGCAGGGGCGAGCUUCAUUCCUCCUCCCUCCUCGGUGCUUGCUGAUAGCAUCUUAUGGAAAGGAACGUGCUCGAGGCAGCCUGUGACAAACGCGUCUCUGGCGGGCGACUGGCCCAACACAAGCAGUCUGAACAAGAGGAAAAGCAGCGUAGCUGGAAGCCCUCAGAAGAGCGACUCUUCCGCACUCCAGAGCCAACCUGAGUGCAACAUGUCCGCUUUGUCGAAUGCCCGACCAGAUUUUAAACGCUCCUACUCUGAAAAGACUCACCAGGCCAGAGUGAGGGGCAGCCUCCCUGCUGGGCCAGAAGCAAGAGAAAGGCAAGACCUGCACAAGGCCCGCCAGAGCUUCCCGCCUGAACGUGCAGAUCACAGGCAGAACAGACGGAGCAGCUCUCAGCAGCGCUCCCUCUUCGGUGACGAGAAAAAGGAUGUUGAGAAAGAACGGAGCGGUCGGGAUCCUGAGAGCCCAGGAGCCAGAAGUCCUCCAUGCCUUCCUUUACAGCGGAGAAGUCGCAGCUUCUACAAGGACAGGAGGGUGGAUCACUGGGCAGUGGAUCAGCUCAAGCAGUGCUUUGGCAGGCCUGUUGCUGAGGCCAAGGACACAGAUACGCUUGUGCGUGAGGCCGACAGUCAGUAUGGCACCUGGAGGGAGCAGCGGCACAGCAGGGACAGCUUGGUGCCAGAAUCGCCUUCCUCUGAAAGCAACGUGGCUUCAGCUCGGAAGCAGCCCACCAGCAGCCGACUGUCAUCGUUUUCCUCCCAAACCGACCCUGCCUCCAUGACUGACCCGCAUGACUCCUCCAGGGACCCAAGGAGCGCCAGCCUGGACCGGUCCAGCACGGACCUGGACUCUGCUGGCAGCGCUGAGGGCCCGGCACGGGCCUGCCCAGAGUUCUCCUUCCUGGAGCACACCACGGUGCUGGACUCCAGCAUCCUCAAAACCCGGGUGCAGCUCAGCAAAAGGCGGCGCCAGCACCGUGCUCCCAUCUCCCACCUGCUGAGGAGAAGCAGUGAAGUAGAUGCUCAGCCGCGUCUGUCUGUGACGGAGGAGGCAGGCAGUGCCUGGAUGUUCAAGGAUUCCACAGCACCUGAAGAAAAGUCAGCAAAGCCUGAAGAUUCUGAGGAGGAGGGGAAGCUGCACCCACUGCCCGACCGGCUGCCCGUCUCCCAGCCACAGCGGCUUCCCAUGUUCCCAGGGCUGGACCACUCCGCCCUCAAGGCUGAGCUCAGGAGAAGGCAAGAGCCAGAGGGAAGCAGGGAAGUCAGUCCUGUGCACAUAUCCAAGUCUCCAAAAUCCACGUUCCCAGCUGGAGGCCCCGGGGGCAGAAUGCUGCCCACUGGCAUGGAGAAGGAAGAGAGACUGGAGGAGGCAUCUCUGUCCCCGCAGUGGCUGAAGGAGCUGAAGUCCAAGAAGAGGCAGAGCCACUACGAGAACCAAGUGUGAGGAGGAGGUCUGGAGCUGGCAGGGAGCCUGGCUGUUGGCCACACGUUAAGCGGAAAUGGGACAGCUGAGCAAAGGACUCCAGACAAGUUCAUGGCAGAUAGGGCUAUCUGUGGCCAUCAGCCGUGGUAGUUAAGUGGAACCUCCAUGUCCGGAGGCAGUCUACCUCUUGAGUGCCCGAUCUGGGGGGCGAAGAGAGGAUGGUUGCAGGCUUUCCAGAGCCCUCUCGCUUGCUUCCACUGGGAGGAGGAUAUUGCUGUCCGCAGGCCCUUCCCGUGAUCCAGCGAGUCCAUUCUUACCCCUUUCUGACACCAACUGGCAAACCACAUCCGAGGGGAAGACGGAGGAAGCAGCCUCUGGGCCUCCCCACCAAUAACGGCCGGCUGAAGACCCCGGGCUGUGGGGUUCGGAUCUUGCAUCGUGGCCCCGUGGCACAGCUGAGUACUGGAAGCAGCUCUCUCCGUUCACGGGGUGCUCUGGCGGGGGAGGGGCCGCACAGCUGUUUAGCCUGCCUUGGUUGCCCACAUCCCUUGAGUGGAUGUCCUCGGAAUGGCGUGUCUGCUUUGCCUUCCCCCCCCCCCCCCACCUCUCCCACCUUCACGGCAGGAAGGGCCAGCCUUCCUUGGGAGAGACGUUGGUCCUGUAACAGAAGCCUUAACUCAACCUCACGUUCCCUCGGCCCGUGGCUUCCUGCCUUGACUGCUGUGCACACGGUGCCUUCCCUUCUGGCACAAGAAGUCCGAGGGAGAGGGAGAGGGAGAGCAGGAGCCGAGCUGUCCUUGUCCCCCCCCCCCCCCGCCCUCCCUCCCCAAGACUGUGGGCCGGGCCUCUGGGGGCGCUCCUCUUGUGUGCCCGCAGGGGUGCUGUUGCACUGCGAAGAAGCCCAGUGCCUGGAGUGUUCGGGGCUGCACUUGAGAGCGCUGCCUCCCGGCCAGAGAGUCGCACUCAGAGGGCCUGAUGUGCCCCGGGAGCAUUGCGACGAAUGGGCUGGUUUCUGGGGGCUGCUUUGUGGCGCAGUGAAGAAGGGAAGAUGGGGGAGGGUGGGAAGACAGCCAGGUUACGUUUACUGCCACACAGGAAAGGAAAUGUAUUAAUGGUUUUUAAGUAUAUUUUGGGUUGCGUCAGGAUGAUGUGAUUGGUGGGGCUGCUGCCUGGACCAGGGUGAUGCGUUUUCUGUUUCUUGGGGUUUUUAGGCUCAGGGGGGUUUUGUUGUCCCUUCCGUUUGAUUUCAUACAUUGUGUCUGUACAUGGGAUAAUUGCUUUACGAUGAGUAUCACAUUCCUAGGAAGGGCAAUGCAAUAAUGUCAGAGAGCCUGCAUUAAAAUAGCUGUAAAUCA